ACGUCCCCUUCACUUCCAGGUCAUCCCGGAGGCCGCCGCGGCGGCUCUAAUUCUCGUGAGAACCCCAUAACCAGUUUCAGGGAAGUGCAGGGAAAACUGACUCGUUGGUGGGACGUGAGGGCUUGCGGAGCGCCAAAGGCGAGCCCGGCGGGCCAGUGCUGGGCGCCCACGGUGGUUGGAACUCCUCUUCCAACGCCUCUCUGGGAAAUUGUUUGGGUAAGGUCAGGUGGUCCAUCACCUGAAUGAUUAAAAGUUGUUACCCUUGGGGGGAGAAAUGGGGCAAAGGAGGACUGGCUUUUGGAGGUGGGCUAGAAACUACAAAACCGAGCUUCUUGGGAACGGCUUUUUAGUCUAACAGGAAGUGGAGCGUCACCGAAAGGGAGGGGCGGCCACCCGGGACUGCCCUCUUCUUCAGGCUCUCUCUUUGUGGGCAGCGUUUCAUCCAGGUUAUCAAUCCGGUGAGUAAUGCCGGGUGAAUGCACGCUGCUGGGUUUGGAAAAAAAAUGAAAAAUGAGCAAGCGAGACCCCCCUUUCGUUUCAUCGUAACCAAGCUGGAAGCAAAUAAAUCGGCUAGGUACCACUGCAGUCUUCUGCGCUCGAGUGCCAAGAGAGCCUGUUCCUAUCAAUUACUGAAGCCAUAAGGAAAAUUUUUUUCAAAAAUUAAAACUUUACCAUAAUGAGGUGUUGCCACAUCUGCAAACUCCCUGGAAGAGUGAUGGGGAUUCGAGUACUUCGUUUCUCUUUGGUGGUAAUCCUUGUGUUACUGCUGGUAGCUGGGGCUUUGACCGCUUUACUUCCUAAUAUCAAAGAAGACAAGAUGCUCACUUUGCGUAGGGAAAUAAAAUCCCAGGGCAAGUCCACCCAGGAUUCCUUUACUCUCAUAAUGCAGACGUACAACAGAACAGAUCUCUUGUUGAGACUUUUAAAUCAUUAUCAGGCAGUACCAUAUCUGCACAAAGUGAUUGUGGUGUGGAACAAUGUUGGGGAGAAGGGACCAGAUGAGUUAUGGAACUCUCUAGGGCCUCACCCUGUCCCUGUGAUCUUCAAAGUACAGACAACAAACAGGAUGAGGAAUCGACUCCAGGUCUUUCCUGAACUGGAAACCAAUGCGGUGUUAAUGGUAGAUGAUGACAUGCUAAUUAGCACCCAAGACCUUGUUUUUGCUUUCUCCGUGUGGCAGCAAUUUCCUGAUCAAAUUGUAGGAUUUGUUCCAAGAAAACAUGUGUCUACUUCCUCUGGUGUCUACAGUUACGGAGGUUUUGAACUGCAAACACCAGGGUUUGGAAAUGGUGACCAUUACUCUCUGGUGCUGAUUGGAGCCUCAUUCUUCCAUAGCAAAUACCUUGAACUCUUUCAGAGGCAACCUGCAGCUGUCCAUGCUUUGUUAGAUGAAACGCAAAACUGUGAUGAUAUUGCCAUGAAUUUUAUCAUUGCCAAGCACACUGGGAAGACUUCGGGGGUAUUUGUGAAACCUGUAAACAUAGACAAUUUAGAAAAAGAAACCAAUGGUGGCUAUUCUGGAAUGUGGCAUCGAGCUGAGCACUUUCUGCAGAGGUCUUAUUGUAUAAAUAAGCUUGUUAACAUCUAUGACAGCAUGCCCUUAAAAUACUCCAACAUUAUGAUUUCUCAGUUUGGUUUUCCAUAUGCCAACCACAAAAGUAAAAUGUGAAAGUAAAACAAACAAAAACAAACUCAAAACUGCUUGGUAUUUGAGUAGCUUCUUCAUGCUAUGGUCGGUUUAUUUAUUUAUUUAUCUUUAAGCACAUCAUGAACUUUUUUCUACUCCAGAAGUCUCUACAAGGGGGAAAAGGUGCUUAGGGCUUCUAGCAUAUAAAAUUUAAAGGCACUUCAAAACCCAAGAAGCUGGUAUUACCCAGAUAGGUCUUCCUGUGAGAAGUUUUCAUCCACAGAUAUGAUUCCUUGGUCAACAAUUUUAUUGUUUACAUCCUGAGACCGUUCUACAAUUUAAAAAAAAUUUUUUUAUUGAAGUAUAGUUGAUUUACAGUGUUAUGAUAAUGUUCUACAGUUGUUUUGACUCCUGGCACUUGCCUUAAGGACCUUUAGCAAGCUGUUUCCAGGAUCAGAAACUCAGGACAGGUAUUUCUCAGCUUUUUCAUUAAAGGAUGAUUAUUUUCAUUUGAAGCCUGAAAUGCCUCUUCAACAAAAGCCUGUGGCAUAGGGAAAAGCCAUGUGAGGAGAGAAUAGUCUCAAUCCCAUAUAAAAAUGAGUGGAAAUUUUGUGACUAUCAGUACUUCCCUUGUGGUCCUUCCAACCAGCCCUUUCCAGGACUAACUUAUCCCAGCAUGAUUUUGGUGUAACCAUCAGUGCUUUUAUUUCUGUGGACAUCUGUUGUGACUGGGAGGGUUAAUUUUAGUAGCUAAAGGAUGUCUAGUUGUUCACUUGAUUUUUAUGAACAUUUACUGCAUGGAUCACAAGUGCAGCCUCUGUUUCUUAACAUGCAACUUAUAUGCAGUGAGGAGUAAAUGUGUUACUAGAUUCAGGUCGUGCAUUUUGUCACUGAAUCUGACUUUGAGAUUGCACAUUAAUUCUUAGAUUUUACAUAAAGUAUGUAUUGUUUAAGAAACAUGUAUAAAAUAACUCUUUUGAAAGAAUGUUUAAGUAGGAACUGGCAGAAAUUACAACCCUUACUAUCAAAUGAUCUUUAUUGUUAUAAAAGCGUAGGUUAUCUCCUGGAUACUAAAACGUGUGUAUUACGCACUAAGUCAAUCUCUUGCAUUCAGAACUUCUUCCCUCCACACAGCAAAAGAUCCAGAGAUCAUUUCAAUUACAUAGAUACAGGAAAAAAUAAGAGACCUGAGUCAUAGUAGAGGAAUUCCACAGGGAGUCUGCAUCAGCUGAUUGUUAAGUUGCCCACUUCCUGUUAUGUGAAUUAGUAUCUGUUCCACAUGGUGUCUGUGUUUGGUCCUCGUUCACUAUUGGUGGAAAGGAAUACUCAGGCCUCUUUCUGCCACCUUCUCCUCUUCCUAUGCCCCCUUCUGCUCCCAUUAUGCCGUUAUAUUCUCAAAAUUGCAAAGCUAUGAAAAUAAUCAUGGUUAAUGUUCCAACAAUGAGGUCUCUGUGCAAUUAGCUCAGUGUAUAUUGUUCCUUUACAUGGGCAUGUGUAUGUAUCUUAAUGCCAUCAGAGAAAGCCAAUAGAACUCGCAGCCUCACUAAAAAUUUAUAGUGUUAAUUAUCUGCUUUGUCCAACCUUGGUAGUGACUUUUUGCCUCUUGAGAUUGGCAGAUAAAUAAAAUAAACUUUUACCAUCCA